CUGCUUCCAGUGUUUCAGACUGGGUUUUCUACGCCUCUUUUUGGGCGAGUUUUUGGUCUUCCGCCCCUUACCACCGCCCCCAACUUCCCAUACCCUUGCUGGCCCUGCCUUUUCUAGUUUGGUUCCUCCCCCAACGUCGAGCCCGGGAGUUAGAUCUCAGUCCGCAUCCGGAUCCGGGCCUAGCUGUUCCUCGGGCCACUCUCUCCUUUGACUCGGGCGGAAGCUACGACCCUGUGCGCGCGGCCGUCGCCGCUCCGGUCUCGGCGCUCCUAAGCGGGCGGUGCCGGUCGUCUCUCCUUAGCUCUUCCCCAACGACACUUGGCCAAAAGAGGAAGAUUGUUUUGGGACCCCUGCAUGGUGUUUCAAAGGGUGGUGAAGAACUAAGGUAGAAGAAUACAUGUUCACUUUUAGUGAGCAAGAGCAUGUUCCCAAACUCAAUUUUGGGUCGCCCGCCUUUCACACCAAAUCAUCAACAACAUAGUAACUUCUUCACCCUGUCACCAACUCUUUAUACACACCAGCAGCUUAUAGAUGCACAGUUCAACUUUCAGAAUGCAGAGAGAUUAAGCGAUGAAAAAAACCUUCCUCUAGAUGGUAAACGACAGCGUUUCCAUUCACCCCACCAAGAGCCAACUAUAGUUAACCACAUAGUGCCUUUAUCAGGUGAAAGAAGAUACUCAAUGCCACCGUUGUUUCACACACACUAUGUACCUGAUAUUGUCAGAUGUGUUCCACCUUUUCGAGAAAUACCAUUUUUAGACCCUAGAGAAGUCACACUGCCUGAGGCCAAAGAUAAGUUGAGUCAACAGAUACUGGAGUUAUUUGAAGCAUGUCAGCAGCAACUAAGUGAUUUAAAGAAGAAAGAACUAUGUCGAACACAGCUGCAGAGAGAAAUUCAGCUGUUAUUUCCACAAAGCAGACUUUUUUUGGUUGGAUCUUCUUUAAAUGGAUUUGGUACCCGGACCAGUGAUGGUGAUCUGUGUCUAGUUGUUAAGGAGGAACCAGUAAACCAGAAGACUGAAGCACGGCAUAUACUCACCUUAGUCCAUAAACACUUCUGUACUAGACUUUCUGGCUACAUUGAGCGACCUCAGCUGAUUAGGGCAAAAGUGCCAAUUGUGAAGUUCAGAGAUAAAGUCAGUUGUGUGGAGUUCGAUUUGAAUGUCAACAAUAUUGUUGGAAUAAGAAACACAUUCCUACUCAGAACUUAUGCAUAUCUUGAAAAUCGAGUUCGUCCAUUAGUACUGGUGAUUAAGAAGUGGGCGAGUCACCAUGAGAUAAAUGAUGCCAGUCGUGGUACUUUAAGCAGCUAUAGUCUUGUGUUGAUGGUUUUGCACUAUCUACAAACCCUACCUGAACCCAUCCUUCCAUCCAUCCAAAAAAUUUACCCAGAAUCUUUUAGUCCUGCUGUACAGUUGCACCUUGUACAUCAAACCCCAUGCAGUGUUCCUCCUUACCUCUCAAAAAAUGAAUCAAAUCUUGGAGACCUCUUGCUGGGCUUUCUGAAAUAUUAUGCUACAGAAUUUGACUGGAACAGUCAAAUGAUUUCAGUUCGUGAAGCCAAAGCCAUUCCGAGGCCUGAUGGCAUUGAAUGGAGAAAUAAAUACAUUUGUGUAGAAGAACCUUUUGAUGGAACAAAUACCGCCAGAGCUGUGCAUGAAAAGCAGAAAUUUGACAUGAUCAAGGAUCAGUUUUUAAAGUCAUGGCACAGAUUGAAAAACAAAAGAGAUUUGAACAGUAUACUACCUUUAAGAACUGCUGUCCUGAAAAGAUAACUGGCCUCUAUUUCUUAAUAAAUUUUUCUGAGAAAUAAAGAACAACAGUAACAUCAAUACAUUUUGUUUACCUCCAUCAUGGUUUCUUUUUAAUUGCUCUUCUUGUUUUCAUGUUUUAUUUUUAAAUGGACAUACUUAUAUAAAGAUUGCAUAUUUUAUUAUGACAUUUCCUAAUAAAACCCUCUGAUUUAAAGAUGUAUUUUUGAAAAUGUUUACAUUGAUGACUAGUGAUAUUAUGGCAUGAAUUUUCAGGAGAUCAGAUGAAAUAUUUUUGGCGGAAUUAACUGAACACAAAAGUUUUGAUAUAACUUCGAUUAAUUGUACUACAUGCUAUGAAGAGAUCUGUGGAAUUUUGGAAAGAGUCUGAUUCAUCUGUAUUUAAAUACAGCCCACAGUGAAUAAGUUUUUGUGAGUCUGUUCUAGUAAAGUGAAGAUUUAAAUCAGUUGUUCAGUUACUUGAAGCAAAAUAAAAUCUUUUAUUUCAGUGAAAUCACUGCAGAGGCAUGAAAUACUGAACAGAUGCCUUAAAUCUACAUUUGACUCACCAGGGUAGACAGAAGCCUUGGAUGUGUCUAUCCUAACAUUUCAUUCGUACCUCAUAUGCUUUUGAUGUACUCAAGAUCGCUUUGAAUUUAUGUUGAAACAGCUACACUUUGCACUGUAGUAAUAUGAGCACUAACUGUAUUAUACAGCAAUUAGUGCACUAUUUUGAAGAAUCAGUUCAGUGUAGACAUUUUGAAGUUCAGUUCCCUGUGCUCUAUGAUAGCUUAGUGCAAUGUGCACUUUGCUUUAUGUUUGUUUUCUGGCUUUUACUUUCCGUGUAACAACAUGAAGCAACGGAACCUGAAAGAUCAAAGUUAAGAGUAUAUCCUGUUGAUAGAAUUAGAUUUUCUUGUGUGUGUACAUUUAUAGGAUUUAACCUGAACUGGAAUUUUUAGGCAGUCAGCCACUAUGGUAUGUUUUAGGUAAGACAUAACAAAAUUAUUCUAUAAAUAAAAACUUAAUGUUUAUAAAGAUAACCUUUUUUAGUAUUUCUUUUCCACAAGAAGACAUAGUGGUGGCUGCUAAAUAAAAGAAGCUAGUUUGGUUUUGGUUUAUGUAAAUAUUUGUAAAUUGGCCAAAUGCUUGUAAAUUUAACUAUAAAGAGUUACCUGAAAACAAUUUUAACUUUUUCAAAAGGACUGUGUACAAAUUCUUUUAGACCUGCUGUAGCACAGUUUGUACCUCUAAUGUAUUUGGUUAUUUUGCAGACCAAUCCAAAUGCUAAGAUUUUGCUUUUCUUUGACAUGUAAAAGGUGCAUAUUUUCAUUUUCUUCGUUAAGUUCAAAUUUUUGUAUGAUAUCAAAAAUGAAUAAAGU